ACCCUUUGGAAAGAAGUUAAGUAGUGGGUAACCCACUACUAACAAGUUAACUAACAAGUUAAUAGGAGAAUAUGUCUGAGUCAUGUGGCUCCAAUGCUUUCCCAAAUGCAGAGGUGGAAAAACAAAUAACUAACAAGAAAUGCACUAGAGAUGUUGAAGACGAAGUUCUGUCUACAACCCAAAAACCAUAUAAGAUGACUGAACCUUCUCAUUGGCCGGAAACACAAAAUCUAAACAUGGACUCCCAACCAGUGCAGGAAACAGAGUUCACGCAAGAACUGUACGAAGAGUCACCCUGGCAGGAAACGCUAAAACUAAACUUGGACUCCAAAGUGCGGUUUGGAGGAAGACAUGCCGUGGAAGGUAACAUGGAUUUUGUUAGGAGUUUCACAAUAAGGGCUGAUCUCAAUGAUACUGAUUUAGUAUCAGACAUUCUUAAUACGGCUAAACAAAACAAGCUCAUGAUGGAUAUUGACCAGUAUUGUAGUGAAAUGGAAGGUUUGACUAUAGCGGCUCAAAUAAAUAAGAUUGCGAGAAGGGAGAGAGUAAAUGGUCGCGAGGUUCGCGAAAUAUUGAACUUUCUGAGGUUUGAAUUUAAGGAGUAUUGCCAACAAAUGGGUCGAGGGGCAGAGGGUUUGAUUUUUAAUUUUGCUACCGGUACUUUUACUUCAAACGGAAGAGUAAAAUUAAGUGAAGCUAAGUUGAAGGACUUGACUACAAACAUAGCGUCGAAGCACGAACAUGCGAUCGGGUAUUUUUUUUUAUUGAAAGACAUUUGUCCGAACAUACUUUGUAAAUAUCGCAACUCAAAUGAUUUGAAGAGACAGAGUCAUAACAGUAGAAGCCUGAGCUUAACAGGAGCAGCGUCGAGUAGUGGUAAACGGAAGUCAUCAUCGAAUGACACAUUUACAUCUGUAAAGAAACCUGUCUCGAUCAAAAAGAUGUUGAAUGGGUAUGAUAAUCGUCCUUCGGAUUUGAAUUCUUUGGCUAAAAGGAUGGAGUCUAUUUUUCAUCCGCAGAAAUCUAUGGGCAUCAUUAAUAAGUUGUUGGACUGUUUUAAAGGUCAUCCGUAUUUAGUGGAUCUAUUUAGUGAGUAUGAUGACACAAAGUUUAAGAAUGAAAUCAUUCGUCUAAAGCAGAUGAAUUUGGAUGGUGGUGCAAGUAGUGAGUGUUAGGUGGAUAUUGGUACAUUGCAAUCUACCCUACGACUCAUUAAGUUUAAGUUGUUAUUGACUAUCCUUUGUUUCUGUUAAAUAUAUUUCUUCUGUGUUACAUAAA